UCAUUUGCUUGGUCUGCGUGUUGAAGCUCGGCGUCAUGGAUUCCUCGCUGGAGUAAAAAACAAAGGAGAAACAUGAAAUCCGUUUCGAGACAUCAACGGUAUCUUCUAACUGGAAUGAUUUCGACAUUGGUAUUUCUGUGGUUCUACCUUUCUGAUAACCAAGCUAAAAUAGAAACGGUACUCAGACCUAAAUGUGCCGCUCGAACUCAUGUCGUUUUUGUAAAAACACACAAAACUGCCAGUUCAACCGUGACAAACAUCAUCCAGAGAUUCGGAUUAAAACAUCACCUUAGCUUCGUACUUCCGAAAUACCCGGAGAAUUAUUUAUGGUUCGAUGGUAAUGCCUUUAUCGAUCGUUUGCUUCCACAUCCCAAUGGAACAGAUAAAAAAUUUGAUUUGUUGUGUAAUCACGCAAUUUAUAACAGGUUUGCCAUAACAAAACUGAUGUAUAAUAAUACUGCAUACAUAACAAUCUUGCGUCAUCCAGUGAAUCAGUUUUUGUCAGCAUUUUACUUCUAUCGUACAGUGUACAAAAUCCCGUAUUUAGUCCGUAUACCUGGACCCAAUCCAGUUGAAGAAUAUUUGAAAAAUCCUGCGAAAUAUGAACCCGUAUCAAACUAUGCUUCAUAUACAAACAACAGAAUGACAAUUGAUCUUGGUAUUCCGAGACUAGUUUUCGAUCAACCUGCGCUAUUGACCGGUUUUAUUAAUAAAAUUGAUGAAGAGUUUGAUUUCGUGAUGAUAAUGGAGUAUUUUGCUGAGUCGCUGGUUUUGUUGAAGCGUCUGAUGUGUUGGAGAAUGGAAGAUAUCAUCUCCAUGAGGAUGAAUAUGUUCAAAAAGUAUGAAUUCAACAUGCCACUGAAAGCUGGAAUGUUCAACAGUAUUAAAAAAUGGGCCCAUGCCGAUCUUGAAUUGUACGAAUAUUUUUAUCGAAAAUUUUGGAGGAGAAUAAACCAGAUGAAACCAGAUUUUUGGAGAGAAGUAGAAGUCUUUAAAACAAUACAACUAAAAGUAGAAAAUUACUGCCUGAAUUUAAGCGUAUCUCAAGAGCUGCUUGUGAUUGACGGAAGUGAGUGGAAUGAGAGAUUUUUGGUCAGCAAUCAAACGUGCAAACUGUUAAAUAUGAACGAAGUAAAAUUCAUUAAUUACCUGAGGACUCACCAGCAAAUUGAUGUAAACUGACUUAAAUUGCCGUUUAAUUUAUAUUAGAAGAGUAAUUGUACGUAAUUAAUGAUUCAUAACGUACGUUAGUAAUCGAAAAAUGUACUCGCUUUGUACAAAAUGUAGCAGGACAUUUGUUAGUCACGAAACAGAAUUGUAAGCUAAAGAAAGUCAAUGUUGUUUAAGGAUUUAUUACUUGAUGUUUUCGAGUGGGAUGUGUUGUGUAGAGUAGAGGUAAGAUUCCUAUGAGACAGACCUGCAGUUCUGUUUCGAAUCCCGCUAGAAAAUAUUUUCUUUGUACCAUGGGGUCCCACUAAAGAAAAAAAAAAAAACGUCAUAUGCGAAAUCACUUCCUUUCAAUUUCUAAUGAUUUUAGUGUAAACAUGUCGACAUUGAUGAGCUGAAUCGAAGUUUUCGUCGUUCGGGGUAUUAUUUAAAAAGGUGAAUGUUGUAGAUGUAAACUACGGUGGUGGAACCGAUAAUCUUGCGUUGAUUUCAAUUUCCAUUCAUAAAUGCUUAAAAGUGACUCAUGAGAAGCUUGUCUCUACUCUGCAACACUCGUCACCAAACAUCAAGCUUUAUACAAAUGCAUUCAAAACGUGGCAUGAGCUCCAGGACACACCAGUCAUAUCAACAAAUUCGUCAAUUGUUCGGUGACGGUCUUCCAAGAAAGAUCAGUUCGUGAAUUUUUAUGAUGUUUUCAUUCGUUUGAGAGGUCGACGGUCAUCCCGAACAAGGUUGGUCCUCAAGCGACAAGUGACCGUUCCUAAAGCGUAGAAACCACUCGUAAGCUUGUUUGUUGCUCAUGGCAGCGUCCUUGUAAGCUGUCUGAAGCAUGACAACUGUUUCGGCCGCCGUUUUCCUCAGCAGAAAACAGAAUUUCACAGAAGCACACUGUUCCUU